AUGCUGCCAGAUUUCACGCUGACUGGACCUCUCGAGCUCGUGCUGACUGAGGCUCAGCCCGUCAAAUUGUAUCUGCCUCACCAUGCAGAUGCUGGGCUGGUGCGGCGGAUCAUGCUGCAGCCGGGAGCUGCACUGACUGUGCACAAUGCUCGGUCAGUCGCCCUGCGCCGGCCAGUGGAUCUACCCCUGCCGCCUGACUCCUUCGUGGCGAAUGUCUGGGGCCGAUCUGUCAGAGGCACGGCUCCGAGUGCUUCAGACUCUCUGUCAGGAUUGCUGCACAUGGCGCAUGGUCUACAGCAGCAGGCGCUCGAUCGGCUUGCAUCUGCAGAGGACGCAUCCAAACUGGCGGCGGUGUCUUUGGAGGUGCAGCUCAGCGGGGGUUCCUGGUUCAGGACGGCCGCGCCUGCCCCUGGGGAGGCCACCCCACAGAUGAGGGUGCGGAGGAGCGUGGGCGCAGCUGAUGCCAUUGAGCUCAGCGUGCAGGACGCUCAGGUGGCAAGCAGGGGAGAGGCGGCGCUGUCGGCUACUUGGGCAUGGCCGGUGCCGGUGGCGCAGCCAGCAAAGCUGCAGCGGUACGAGGCGGUACUGAAGGAGUUGCUGGCGCGGCAGGGCCUCGACGGGAGGCAGCAGCUGGACAGCCUCAGCCUGGCGGAGGUGGUUGUGGAUGUGACCACUCUGCUCUCCCUUGAGUUUGAGGUCGAGCGCGAAGGCGGCCAGCAGAAUGUGACACUAGGGGAGGGCAUGUUCAAGCUGGGCCAGGCGCCGCACGAGGUGUGGAGGGCAGUUCUGGCGCUGAAGCCGGAGGGGUCAGGCCAGGUGGCGUUUCAGCCGCUGCAGGCGCAGCUAGUGGAUGCCAGCCGCAGCACAAUCUCAAUAUCCCCCUUGGCUGAGGCCAUGGCCCUGGGCAACGCCACGCUGCCCGAGGACAUGCACUUUGUGUACCCCAGCAUGACGUGA